AUGGAUGAAAAACCCACCAAGACGGCGACGGCAAGGGCGCUGUCCGCCUUCGUCAGACUGCCGGACGAGAUCAUUCAGCAAAUACUUCAACUUGUUGACCCGAAUUCCUUUGCAUCUCUGGUUCUCCUCAAUUCGAAAUGGAGGUGCGUCUCUCAACAGGCGCAUCUCUACGCGCUCCACCUCUCGCGAUGUCCCUCAUAUUCAGCCACUCACAAUGCCGUGCCCAUGGCUUCGGUGAACAACGACAGCUUGCCGAAACUGCGUCGAUUCUUUGCCCGCGAGGUCAAGAGGAAUCUGUUCGAGGCCUACCUCCGGCCCAAAACGAUGACCGUCAAGCUCAUCUCCAACUCGAUCAGCUCCUCCUCGGUGCCCGGCGGCGAAGGCAUGCAGUUCAGCCCCUCGCCGCGCGGCCACCAUUUGCUUGCCUACAACUCGUCACGCAUUUAUGUUAUCGACCUGAGGGGCGCAGAGCUGGACGUGAAAAGGGAGUUGAAGAUUCUCCGCCGGCCAGUAUCUACAUGCAUUCUCGAUGACGGCAGCGUGCUUGCCGUCUUGUCAACCGAUACGCAAGUCGACUUGUAUGACCUGCGCCAAAAGCCCCCCAAGCGGACUCAAUCCUUGAUUCUCGACCAUACCCCUCGCACCAUUGCUAUGUCGCCGUGCGGCAGUGUGCUGGCAGCUGCCUACGAAGGCGGGAUAGAAGUGUCUUCACUUAGUCCCGGAGCCUUGCCGACAGAACGAAGAGCGGUCAAAUGCGACGGUGUCGACUCACUGGCCUUCUCCUUCGACGGCACUCAAUUACUUGGAACAACCACCCACACACAGCCGCCAAACACGGUCAUUCUGACUGCGCCGUACUACGACCCUGGAAGUCACAUGGGCGACGAUAACAUCAGUGCGCUGUGGACUGCCUCGAUUCUGUUCCCGAAUACGAGCCGGGACUGCAGCCAUGCUGUUCUUCUCCAGGAGUCGAGCUCGCAAGAAGCCAGUUGGACUUUCACGUACGACAGGAGCUUCGAGACGUUCCGUGCGGUGCGAAUAGACGACCUCCGCAAUGGAACUACAUAUUUCACAGGGCCAAUUCCCAACACCCAACCGCCGCUACUCCCGUGUACUUUACCUGCGGCUUCGUACUGUGGGGAGCUAGUGUCGGCUGGCUUUGAGGGCCAGGAUGUUUGGCUUUAUGGUAUACCUGAAGACUUGGAGGCCGUUUCCGACUCAACUUCAGCUCCCUCAGAUUCUGGGCCGUCAGGCACGAGCAGUCGGGGUAAUUUGCCAGCUAAUCGUCCGCCUUCUGUCCGCACUUCUUCGCGGGCGCAAGAAACAAACGGUGGCAGAGUUCCCCAGUGGCAGGUUCUCUGUGACAAGUAUCGAAAUACUUUCGUCAGCGGUCGCAAGCUGGCUGAGUUGAGAGGCGUGAGUACCGUGAAAUGGGUGGCCGAGUACGGCAACAGUCUACUCCAAGAACGCCUGAUCAUUGCCGCUUGUGGAAUACAACCGCCCAAGCCUAUCACCGAAGAAGACGAGAUUGAUUUUGUGGACGGCGGGAGGGUCACGAUUUUCGAUUUUGACUUUGGGAUAGAGAAUGGGGAGGUGAUAGAUCUCACGAUCGAGGUGGGCACUAAAGAACCCGAGGUUCUGGAAGAAGAGCAUCGGGAUAUGGCGACUGAAGUGGCCAUAGUUCGAAGAAGAACAGUGGCACAGCGAGGUGGGAAUCGAUCGAGCAUUAUGCGCUCCGCACCGACUGCAGUUUCCCAGUCGGAGUCUCUGUUACGGCCACAUGUGUCCCCACUUCCUGACAGAGAUGAUGAGGACGACCCUUUGAUUCCCCGCCGCAUGAUCGGACCUAGAAUGGAAGCUCGUGCACCUUCUAACGAAGCAGCCGAAGGGCCCGAAGAGGCCACGCUCGAGGAGGCCCAGGAAGCUCUUGAUGCGCCCUACGCACAUGCAAGUCCUCGCUCAGGCACGACAUUGCGCCGUGCCGCAACUGCCGCGGCAGUCAACCGUCGUCUGCAUCCUUCAGCAGCGACGGCAGGGCGCGUAGAGUAUAGACGGGCAGACGGGCGAGCAGAGCACCCUCACGAGAGUGAUGCUGACAAUUGGGUUCCUCCACCCCCGCCGUAUGCUAAGGAAGACCCAGGGGACUUGCCCGCCUUCCUUCGCCAUGCUGCGAUUCCCGGUGUCCGCCUCGACGCUAGAGACACGCAGGUGCCACCUCCACCUGCGACGCAGCUCCCGCCCCAGGAGCCAUCAAGGGCCCCAUCUGCACGACCGGAGUUGCCCCGCAUUCAGACGUCUCCCGCACGACAGCGGAACUCUGGGACACCUUGGGUGCAGCGAGCCCCUGGUCACCAGAGGGUUCCAAGCGAUUCUGCAGACAACAUUGCAUCUCAGGGGCUAGAUUUGCGCAGGGGAGUUUCUCGUUCCGUGACACCACUUGACAAUACCCAGAGUCAAGGAAGCAACGAAGGGGACAUUUCCGACGUGUCACCAGUAGAAUCACUUCGAGGUGCGGCUCAAUACCCGGUCCAGGGAGCCUCGCAGAAUGGCACCCAAGAAAGACGUGUGCAUUCUAACGCCCCGUCUUGGGGUACCAUUCCGUCGGCGUCAGAUGGCACGUCAGUGGCAUCGGCAUCGCAUCUGGUCAUGGCUGGGACCUCUCGCCCUUCAGCUGUCCCGUACGCUCUCGAUGUUUUCAUACCCUCGGCCACUAUUGGUAAUGCAUGGGUCGAAGAUGAGGCUGUCUCGAACCACGCGGUUGGAAGACUUUCCAAUACGCAGACUUGGCCACUGGCCUCAGAGCAGCCUGAAGCUGCACAGGCAGCCGUGACAGCAAAUUAUCCCCAUUCGGCUCCUCCAACAGGCGCAAACAACACCGAUAUCAUAGCUGCGGCUCUACCUCCGCUGCCAAGGCCAGAUCAGCUGUCAAGCUUGCACAAUCGACGGGAUUCGUCGGCUCCGCGUAGGGCUUCGGGUAGUUUCCAGUUUCCUCGCGUGCCGGUUGGACGCGACGCCCAAGAUCCCUUCCCCCCGACAUCCACGCGGCAUAGUCAAGUUCUGAACAUCCAACCUCCUGCUCCUGAACCAGAACAGCCGCUCAUCAUCAGCACGCCUACUGGUGUCUCUGGGGCCUUCGAUCCUCCAGGUCGUCGAACAUCUCAGAGAAGCCGGCCCGAGCCCAUUUUGCAUGCACCAGUGCCCCUACAUCCCCGGGCAACGCUGGGCUCUACCACCUCACUACGGCCUACAGCUGAGUGCCUCGAGACCAUGUACAGCGUCGCGAGCUUUGGUGACCAUACUCAUGGAGUUGAUGUUCGCCAUUACCAUAGCAACCAAAUUCCCGUGCCAGCGGUGCCCUCAUCCCAAUUGACCUCAUCGUCCUUGCGCCAUCACACGAGCUUGACCCGGACGCAAAGCCGGGCAAGAAGGAGCGCUGCGAAGAACGUGCAGGAUGCCAAAGGACGAGGGUGGACUGGCCGGCGUAAGAACAAGAAAAGGAAAGACACAGAUACUGCCAGCAGCGCGGCAUGGACUGACGUUACGUGGGCUUCGAAUGCACCGAGGGGCGGUCAGGUCAAGGAGCGGAGGUGUGUAGUCAUGUGA